AUGGCUUCACUGAGGGGUUGCCUAACACUAGGAUUCUUGUUCUUGGUUCUAUUUUCUAGUUAUGGCUCACCCUCAGGCUUGGCACGUAAGAUCAUCUCAGAUGAGAUCUUAGUAGAUUCAAAACGACAACUUAGUGAAGAAUAUUCAAUGCCAGAUACAGAUGCACCAAUGUUACCCGAUGAUGGUAUCUGGGUUCCCGAAUUGGUUAAAGAAGAUAGCAAGGGAUUCUUAGAAAUCCCACAUGACCACGAACCAUCCACAAGCAGGGAAGUCCCACAUGACCAUGGAUCUUCUACAAGCGGGAAAUCAACGAGCCCUGGUGAUGUGAAAGUUAAUUGUGGUUGUCCUGCUUGUGCACCUGCAGACGUGAUUCCAAACUGUCCAAGCAAUUGUCCUACUCCUACAUGUGGGGGUGCUCCGGUCUAUUACCCUCCCCAACCCGCCCCUGGAUGUCACACUCCUCCUCCUCACACCGAACCAUUGAAUCCUCAACCUGAACCGAUGAAUCCUCCUGAACCUGAACCACUAAAUCCUCAACCAGAACCGUUGAAUCCUCCUCAACCUGCACCAGUGAAUCCUGCCUAUCCUUGCCCUCCUUAUCAACCAAGUUAUCCACCCCAGGUUAACCCUGGAUGUCAACCUGCUUCUCCUACUCAACCGGAACCAACUUAUCCUCCCCAAGUCAACCCUGGAUGUCAACCAGCCUCUCCUCCACAGUUUAACCCUGGAUGUCAACCAGCCACUCCUCAACCGCAACCAACUGUUCCUCCGCAACCGGAACCAAACUAUCCUCCCCAACCAAACUUUCCACCUCAACCCCAACCAAACUUUCCACCUCAACCCCAACCAACCUAUCCACCUCAAAUAGAACCGACCAAUCCUCCUCAACCAGCCUUUCCUCCCCAACCGGCACCGACCUAUCCUCCCUGGCACAAACCAUCUUAUCCUCCCAAGACCAAAGGAGACAUUCCUCCUCCACUAGAUGGUCCUAGAGGUAAACUUGGAUGUUCCUUGCUCGGAGGCUGUAAAAGUCCACGAGGUGACAAACAAAAGUCACUACAAGAGCGGGAUACUACUGAAAAUUCCUCGAUGAACGAGGUUCAAUCAGAAUCCAUUCAUGAGAAGGAUGAAUUCAUGAAUGAAGACAGCAGGUCUUCUCGCCCAUCUUUACCUAGUCCCUCAAUGAAUGAGGUUCAAGUAGAAUCCAUUCAUAAAAAUGAAGAUGAUGGGUCCAAGAAUGAAGACAGUUGGAGUGGCCCAUCCACUCCAACCCCCCCAUCUCCACGUAGUUCCUAA